AUGGAUAUACCUCGUAGGAAGUGUAUGUGCCGCUCUUGGUGUGAUAAGUGCUAUAAGCUGGCUCAUAAGCCUCAAUACUGUGAUAUAUGCACAUUCGCUGUGAGGGAGGUCCAUCAAGUAGAAGCUAGCAGAAGCAAGGAGGAGGAGGCGGUGGAUGCUGCUACCAAUAGCCGUGACCCAGCAGAGGAUAAGCCUGAUUGUACCUCAAGCUGUUCCCCUCGAGUAUUGAAGGGUAGGUGUACUGGCUUUGCCUGGCCUAGGAAAGGUAUAUGUGCCCAAACUGUUGAUAUGAGCUGUGAUACUUAUAAUCAUGGUAGAGAUGAUGCAUGUUAUCUACUCCACCUACCAACAGGCCAGCAUGACUGGGCCCUUGUGUAUGAUGUUGGCUGCAUAGCCAGCCCUAUCGGUAUCAAUAGUAGAGGGGUUGCUAUGAGCCUGUAUAAUUUGUAUAAUACUGCUGGUCACGGAUACGAACGUGUCUUUACUUCUUGUAGCGAGAAGUCAGAUGCAGCACCUAUGGUCCUACCCAUGGCUGUGUUACAGUGGGCUGUUCUAUUGGGGGAACUGGAUACCAUAGUUAAGAUAGAGAGUAUGCUGAGGAGGGCUGUGGGUGGUAUAGGCCUCUUCACCUCGGCUGCCCUCCUUAUCACCUGUAGUAAUGAUCCUGAUAUGGCAUUAGAGGCUGAGAUGGCCGGGGAGGAUAUCUGGACUAGGGAAGUCAGGACGGAGGAUGAGGAUUUCCUUCUUAGAGCCAAUCACUCACAGCCUACUUCAUUAAUUAGAUCAACAGAGGACAUACCCAAGGAUGUCAAUGAGUCCUCACAUGUUAGGCUUGCCAAGUUGAAUGAGAUAAUAGCAGUAGCUAGGGAGGGUAGUGUUGUCCAGCCCUCCCAUGAUGGUAAGGAGUCUUCGUCGAUGGAUGAGGCGGGUAAUAUGGUAGCUAGAGAGGUAUUGUCACAUGAACCCAUCCAAGAGGAUGAUACACUUGCUACCGUUAUAUUACAGCCUAAGGAGGGUGUCAUGGAUAUACGAUUCAAGUUGGGUACUAGAAUUAAGGUUACCAUUAAAAGAGGUCUAUGGCUACGGUUUGGUGGCUAUGCUCUCUGUGAUGAUAAUAAUAAUACUGAGUCUCAUUAA